GUAGUACGGAAGUGGGAAGUGGAAACGCCACUGUGUGUGCGGGCUGGGCUUGGGCUUCCUCUUGUGGAGAACUCGCCGGUUGGAUUCUUCUCCUGACACGGCCUGCUAGACGUCAUCUUACCCGUUCUACACAUCAGAAACUCGGGGAAAGAUGGCUGGAAGGCUACCGGCGUGUGUUGUGGACUGCGGUACUGGUUACACCAAACUGGGGUAUGCAGGGAACACCGAGCCACAGUUCAUCGUUCCAUCAUGUAUUGCCAUCAAAGAGUCAGCUAAGGUUGGAGACCAAGCUCAGCGGAGAAUGAUGAAGGGGGUGGAUGACUUGGAUUUCUAUAUUGGAGAUGAAGCUGUAGACAAGCCCACAUAUUCCACAAAGUGGCCAAUCCGUCAUGGGAUUGUUGAAGACUGGGACUUAAUGGAGCGCUUCAUGGAGCAAAUCAUCUUCAAGUACUUGAGGGCUGAACCUGAAGAUCACUACUUCCUAUUGACAGAACCUCCUUUGAACACACCAGAAAACCGAGAAUACACAGCAGAGAUCAUGUUUGAGUCCUUCAAUGUUCCAGGGCUGUACAUUGCUGUGCAGGCCGUCCUUGCUCUUGCAGCCUCUUGGACGUCCAGGCAAGUUGGAGAGAGGACAUUGACAGGCACCGUUAUUGACAGUGGUGACGGUGUGACCCACGUCAUUCCUGUGGCUGAAGGUUAUGUUAUUGGCAGCUGUAUAAAGCACAUUCCCAUCGCAGGAAGAGAUAUUACUUACUUCACCCAGCAGCUUCUAAGAGAGAGGGAGAUGGGCAUACCACCAGAGCAGUCACUGGAGACGGCCAAGGCAGUCAAGGAGCGUUUCAGCUACGUGUGCCCAGAUCUUGUCAAAGAGUUUAACAAGUAUGACACAGAUGGUUCCAAGUGGAUUAAGCAAUACACCGGCAUCAACACCAUCAACAAGAAAGAGUUCACUAUCGAUGUGGGAUAUGAGCGCUUUCUGGGACCUGAGAUCUUCUUUCACCCAGAGUUUGCCAACCCAGACUUCACCCAACCGAUCUCUGAGGUUGUUGAUGAAGUCAUCCAGAACUGCCCUAUUGAUGUCAGGCGUCCACUUUAUAAGAACAUUGUUCUGUCUGGAGGGUCCACAAUGUUCAGGGAUUUUGGUCGCCGUCUGCAGAGAGAUAUAAAGAGAUCUGUUGAUGCCAGACUGAAAAUGAGCGAAGAAUUGAGUGGGGGUAAACUUAAGCCUAAACCAAUUGAUGUCCAAGUUAUUACUCAUCAUAUGCAGAGAUAUGCUGUCUGGUUUGGAGGCUCAAUGUUAGCAUCAACUCCCGAGUUCUACCAGGUUUGCCACACCAAAAAGGACUAUGAAGAGAUUGGGCCGAGCAUCUGUCGCCACAAUCCUGUGUUUGGAGUCAUGUCUUAACUCAAUCCAACAGCGGUGAGGCAGGUGACAGGGAAGGGUGGGGGGUGAGUUUGAUUUGUGUCAAGGACACAUUGGAAAGGUGGUGCAAAGCCCAAAAGCGACACCUGACACCUUUUUUUUUUUUUCCUUUCUGCCUUUUAUUUCUUUUCAAAAUGAAACCAUUCCCCGGUUUUGCAUUUAUUUUGUUGUUUUUUCAAAGCAACAUGCAGUGGAUGGUGAGGAUUGUGAAAUGAAUAUCCAGGUAUGGUAUUGACCUUGACUAAUAAAUACCAUUUGUUGCAACUUCAAGACAAAAGUACUUAUGGUGAGUUCCGAAUCAGCAUCUCUCCUUUCUAUUUUCAAAUGCUGUAUCAGAGCUUGUUUAUUAUAUUACAUGCCUUUUGAAAUUGUAAGUCUAGGAUCAUACAAAGGGUUAAGAAAGAACAAUUGACUGUUUUAUCUGAUGGUGCAACUUUGUAGACAGUAUUUUCUCAUUGAAUUGCAUUGAACCCAUCUGCUUUCACUUCAGACAGUGGCAGUUUUCCACCUCUGUGGUGCAGGGAAAGAAAACUAGUUCAAGGUUAGAACGAUGCAAUUGAAUUCAAAAGACUCUCGGACCAGUAUUGUUUGAUCAAAGCUUUUUUUGUGAAUUAAAUGCCAAAUUAUUCAAAGAAUGGGAAAUGUGUAUUUAAUACCUUGUUACAUUCCAAUAAAGGCAUAAAUUGGUUUCUUAAAA